GACGGGAACUUUUAUUUACAGCUCAGCUCCCAGCCCGUGGCGGAUGGUGGGACUCUCCGGCCCUUUCCAGUAAAAGAUUGAUCUCUGGGCUGGUGAACAUAAUAUCUGUCCCAGUCAGAAAAGGAGAGAGGAAAUUAGCAGAGCGAUUGGUGGAGAAUGAUAUCUGUCAAAAGAAACACUUGGAGAGCACUGAGUUUAGUAAUAGGUGACUGCCGGAAAAAGGGGAACUUUGAAUUUUGUCAAGAUCGUACUGAGAAGCACUCCACAAUGCCAGACUCACCUGUGGAUGUGAAGACACAAUCCAGGCUGACGCCUCCAACGAUGCCACCUCCUCCCACAUCCCAGGGAGCCCCCAGAACCAGUUCAUUCACACCCACAACGUUAACGAAUGGUACAAGCCAUUCCCCUACAGCAUUGAAUGGGGCCCCGUCUCCACCCAACGGUUUCAGCAAUGGGCCUUCCUCUUCCUCCUCUUCCUCCUUGGCAAAUCAGCAGUUACCACCGGCCUGCGGAGCCAGGCAACUCAGCAAGUUGAAGAGAUUCCUUACUACACUGCAGCAGUUUGGCAAUGACAUUUCACCAGAGAUUGGCGAGAGAGUUCGCACCCUUGUACUAGGCCUGGUGAAUUCUACUUUGACAAUUGAAGAAUUUCAUUCCAAACUGCAAGAAGCUACCAACUUCCCACUGCGACCUUUUGUCAUCCCAUUUUUGAAGGCCAACCUACCACUGCUACAGCGGGAGCUCCUGCACUGUGCCAGACUGGCCAAACAGAACCCUGCCCAGUAUCUCGCUCAGCAUGAGCAGCUGCUCCUGGACGCCAGCACCACCUCACCUGUUGACUCCUCAGAGCUGCUUCUCGAUGUGAACGAAAAUGGGAAGAGGCGAACUCCAGACAGAACCAAAGAAAAUGGCUUUGACAGAGAGCCUUUGCACUCAGAGCAUCCAAGCAAGCGGCCAUGCACUAUUAGUCCGGGCCAGCGGUACAGUCCAAAUAACAGCUUAUCUUACCAGCCCAAUGGUAUGCCUCACCCUACCCCACCUCCACCUCAGCAUUAUCGAUUGGAUGAUAUGGCCAUUGCUCACCACUACAGGGACUCCUACAGACACCCCAGCCACAGGGACCUCAGGGACAGAAACAGAACUAUGGGGUUGCAUGGCACACGUCAAGAAGAAAUGAUUGAUCACAGACUAACCGACAGAGAAUGGGCCGAAGAGUGGAAACACCUUGACCAUCUGUUAAACUGCAUAAUGGACAUGGUGGAAAAAACAAGGCGCUCUCUCACUGUGCUAAGGCGAUGUCAGGAAGCAGACCGCGAGGAGCUGAAUUACUGGGUUCGGCGUUACAGCGACGCUGAGGAUUUAAAAAAAAGCGGGAGCAGUAGCAGCAGCAGCCACUCCAGACAACAGAGUCCAGUGAAUCCAGAUCCAGUCCCCCUCGAAUCACAUCGGGAAUUCCUACACAGGCCUGCUUCUGGAUAUGUGCCAGAGGAGAUCUGGAAGAAAGCUGAGGAGGCAGUCAAUGAGGUAAAACGUCAAGCCAUGACAGAGUUGCAGAAGGCCGUGUCAGAAGCAGAACGGAAAGCCCACGACAUGAUCACGACCGAGAGAGCAAAGAUGGAGCGUACUGUUGCAGAAGCAAAGCGGCAGGCCGCAGAGGAUGCGUUAGCUGUUAUUAAUCAGCAGGAAGAUUCAAGUGAGAGUUGCUGGAAUUGUGGCCGAAAAGCGAGUGAAACGUGCAGCGGUUGUAACACAGCCCGGUACUGUGGCUCAUUUUGCCAGCACAAAGACUGGGAGAAGCACCACCACAUCUGCGGACAGACCCUCCAAGCCCAGCAGCAGGGAGAAACGCCAGCGGUCAGUUCCUCCGUGACUCCCUCCAGUGGGGCCGGUAGCCCCAUCGAGACGCCACCAGCACCUACGCCUCGGUCAGCCACCCCCGGGACUCCGUCCACCGUAGAGACGACUCCUCGUUAAAAACUGCCAGAGGGGGGGAAAAAAAACCAACAAAGAAAAACGAAAACCAUUUCUCAUCCUCAGAUGCUCCAAGAUUUUCAAAAGAGAGAAAAGACUAUCGUAUUUCAAUACUUUGGCGAAAGAGAAUUUACUGAAUCUUGAGGGAGUAGUAAAAUUCAGAAGGCCAGUAACGGGUCAUAAUGACUUAUUGUGGAUAACAAAGAUAUCUUUUCUUUACAGAACUGAAGAGAGCAGAGAAUAUAACACAAAAUGAUAGAUUUGACCUCCUCCCUGUUAUUUUCCAGUAGCUGGGAUUUUAAAACUAGAUGACCUCAUUAACAGAUGCUUUACCAAACAGCAAACCAAGAGAUUGCUAAUUGCUGUUGAAAGCAAAAAUGCUAAUAUUAAAAAAGUCACAAUGUUCUUUAUAACAAUAAUGGAAAAAAAAAGAGAGAGAAAAAAAACCCUCAAGGGCAUGAGCAUUGGAUACAGCAGUAGACAUUUUAACAAGAAGAUGAAUGGUGUCCGUGGGUUACUGACUGAACUUUGAAGACCCGCUACAAAAUGCGCAGAUGUGCAGCAGAUUGGAAGGAGACACAGAUGUUAGUUUUUUUUUUUCUGUUUCUGAAAAGAAAUAAUAAUAUCCAGGUCAACAGAAUGAAAAAUGAAAGAUGAUUUGCAAUGGGAUAUAUGAAUACAGCAGCAAAGAAAAAAAAAUGCCAUAACACAAAAGGCUCCUUUUUUAUAUACAGAAAUAAGGGACACAGCCUACAGUUAAUUAGCAUUCUGGCGGCUUUGACAUCAGCCAGCUGCCCUAAAUAACCCUUCGACGUUUCUUCACUUUUGCAAGGUUCCACAGAGUAAGACAAUCGAGUCUAUUCCAGCUCAUUCCUUUUAUAGAGAAAAAAAAUACUUAAAAAUAUGGUGGCUUCAGCUCCAGCCCCCUUCCAAAAUUUUUCCACCCCAUCCCGUUUGGAUUUUUAAUUAAAAACUAGUAGUUCUCUUGGUGUUAAGACACUUCUGUCCUGUGAGGUUUCCCAAUGGUGUUUUUCUUGUAAAUGUGUUGGACAAAUGUGAAGAUGCAUUGUAGUUUAACCAUACGCCCACAUUUAGUCUCUUUAUUCCUAGUUGGUGAAAAAAAUCUGUAUCUUUCUAUGCUGCUUUUAUAUCUGUAUGUAUUAGUGAUAUUUCUCUAGUAGUUAAAAAAAGAAAAAAAAAAUUUGGUUGUCCUCAAGAAAAGAAAAGGAAAUUACGCUAUCUUUCGGAGCUGCUAUUUCACUCUGUUAUAGGAUUUUUUUUUUUUCUGAAAACUAGCAUGCUUCACGGAAUGCUAACAUAUUGAUGUUUUUGUAAGAGGGAUGUACAUAAAUGUAUUUUGCACUGUCACAAUGAUUCCCUAGGCAUGUUUUUUUGGGGGGUAAACUUUUUAAAUAUGCUAGAGCCAUUUCACCAAGUUUAGCUGUAGCAUAGAGUAGUGGUGGAUUUUUUUCUUUUUUUGCAAAAUUCACUCUUAGGGACAUUUUUUAUAAAAUAACAAGAUAUCCUACUUUAAAAAAAAAAGGACAGU